ACUGCUGAAUUAGGUCAUGCUUCGAGUAGGUUCUGAACCCAACCACAGUUUUUUAUCCCACACAGCGUUCAGACCCAUUUGAUAAACCUAUCCAUUCUCCACAUCGGUUAUGCAUCUGAGACUGAAACCAUCCCAGCUCAACCUUCUUCCCCUCUAGAUUCUCGAUUGCCAUCUCAUCCUCCUUCUCUUCCUCCCGUUCGGAAACCAUCAGCAUCCCAAGAUGUCGGGCGGUUUCUUCCGAGGCACAUCUGCGGAUCAAGACACUAGGUUUUCGAACAAGCAAGCCAAGCUGAUGAAAUCGCAGAAGUUUGCGCCCGAAUUGGAGCAUCUGGUGGACAUGACAAAGGUGAAUAUGGAAGUGAUGAAGCCUUGGAUCACUAGAAGGGUGACUGAGCUUCUUGGGUUUGAAGAUGAGGUGCUCAUUAACUUCAUACACGGUCUUCUCGAUGCUAAGGAAGUGAAUGGGAAGGAAAUUCAAAUACAAAUUACUGGAUUUAUGGAAAAGAACACUGUAAAGUUCAUGAAAGAGCUUUGGACGCUUCUUCUCAGUGCACAGAAAAAUGCCAGCGGUGUUCCUCAGCAGUUCUUGGAUGCUAAAGAGGAAGAACUCCAGAAGAAGAAGGCUGAAAAUGAAAGGAUAGCAAGUGAAAUUCAGAGGAAAAAAGAAAAGGAAGGGAGAGAGAUGAUGGAAGAGAGACUGAAGAAACUGGACGGAGGACUUGAUGCUAAGGAUAAUAAUACUGCUUCAGAUCCAACCUUGAAGCACAGGGAUUCAGGGCGCUACGUCCAGGAUGGGAAGGAAGCUGACAAAAGGAAUGGUGUUAGAGCAAGAAACAGGGUUUCUAGGUCCCCUCAUUCACCUGCGGUUUCCACUUCACCUCAUCGUAGGUCACGUUCGAGGUCAAGGAGUAAAUCAUUUUCAAAUUCCCGAAGUUAUUCGGGUGAUCGACACAAGUCAAGGAGUAUAUCUAGGUCUCCAGUGGCUCAAGGACGCUCCAUUUCUCCUGAAAGAAUUCGCCGAUCUUCUCGGCAACGAGCUAUUUCUCCUCGGAGGCAUUCACCACGACGAUCUCCUUAUAGAAGGCCAUCUUUUUCAAGGAGAAGAUCCAGAUCCAACUCAGAUUACGAUUCUCCUUCUCCUGUACGACGGAGAAUUCAUUCUCCAUUCUAUCGCCGACGCAGAACACCCUCUCCUGUUAAAAGACGUAGAUCGCCUUCUCCAGUGCGUCGGCGCAGAUCACCUUCUCCGGUGCGCCGACGUAGAUCACCUUCUCCAAUGCGGCGUCGUAGAUCACCUUCUCCUGUGCGAAGGCGUAGAUCACCAUCACCUAUUAGACGGCGAAGGUCACCCUCACCCAUGCGGCGAAGAACUCCUGUUAUGCGGCAUAGGUCACCUUCACCUGUGCGCCGGAUACCACCAAGGCGCAGAUCAGGCUCUCCCAUGCAAUCUCCCUCUCCCACAACGCGAAGAUAUAGUAGUAGGCCUCCACGACGCAGGUCUCCAUCUCCUUUGCAGUAUAAAUCACCUGUUCUCGGUAAGAAAAGAUCUCCAAGUGCCUCACCUCGAAGGUCUCCUCGAGAUGGAUGGAGUUCUCAGUCUCCAAUACGGCGUGUAUCUCCAUCUCCAGUUAGGAGAAAUUCCCCAAGGAACCAAAGAAGUCCUGUGGAUUCUUCUAUGACAAGAGUCAGAAUGCAAAAAAGUUUAUCACCUGAGACUCAUCAAAGUCCUUUGCGAUCUGUACAAAGAGAUAAAAAUGGCAGAGCUUCACGCAAUAAAUCACAGGAUUCCAUGUCCACACCUGAGAAGUCUCCGAUUCGAUCAGUAGCCACCCGAGGAAGGAGCAGAACCAGCAGUGAAGAUAGAAGUCCACAUGAAAGCCCCCUGAGGCAAAGAAAGGAGAAAGUAACCAAUGAAAGAAGCUCAAGUCCUCCAAAGAAAGCCAGAACCCAGAGACCUAGCUAUGACAUUCCAGAGACAAGGGAAGGAGCAGAAGAAACAUAUAAUUCUAGAGAGAGCAGAGAUCCUAAGUCAAAUUCAUCUCAAAAGAAACCAAAAUACUCCCCUGUUAGUAAGCAAAAAGGUUCACCUGCAAAAUUUCGUCACGGUGAUGAGUUUCAUCCUGAAAGGAGAGCUGAUCGUUAUGAUAACAAAGAUUUGAGUAAUAAAGGCCAGGAAAUAAAAUGUGAUAAUUCUUCUCGCAAGGGAGAUGACCCUCCUGCCCAGCAGAAGUCACCAAUGAACAAAGAAAUUUUUUCCAGCGAGAAGCGUCAUGAAUCUUAUCCUAUUAUUAAAAAAUCUGAUGACAAGGAUCAAUCCCAUUCAGUCCAUGCCAAAAGUAGUGAGCAACUCCACAAAUCAGAAGCCGCUCCAGAUUUUGUUGCAAAAGUUGAUCUUGUCAAUCAGAGUGCUUCAUAUGAUUCUGUUUCUGAGGAAAGUGAUAAGCAUAGAAGGGAAGGAAAGGAUAGGAGGAGAAAGCACAAAAGGUCUGAGAAAAAAAUCGUGUCUUCUGAUGAAAGUUAUAGUGAUGAUUCUGAGUUAGAGGAUAGGAAAGAGACCAAGAGGAAGAAAAGGGAGGAGAAGAAGCUGCGUAAGGAGGAGAAGCGUCGACGCCGUGAAGAGAGACGACACAGAAGGGAAGAACGUCGUGCAGAGAAGCUGAAGCUGAAGAGUAAAACAGACUACAUUUCAGAUGAUGAGGAAGCUGAGCGAAUGGAUGACCAUCCAAGUAAUAAUGAGGAGACACAAGUUGAUCCAAAGAAGCUUGAGAUUGAGCUACGGAAUAAGGCUCUUGAAUCCCUCAAAGCAAAGAGGGGCCUGAAUAACUGAUCAAUACACUUUUGAGUUUUUAUGUUUUAUGCUUUAGAAGCUUCUUUGAGAAAUAUCUUCUUAGCUUCUUUUGAAAACUUGGUUUUACAAAUGUUAUGUUUUUUGUUUUAUUGGUAAAUGUUUGAUGUCGUCUAUCUUUAAUGCUGGCAGCUGAAAUGGAUAAAUGACGAUUUCUGAGCAAAUCUGUUGAGUACAACUCUAUGCAGACAUUGCCAUAUAUUUACUGAUGAAAUUUAUGUCAACUCUAGAUGACCUGGUGAGCAGACCAUGCGCAGACCUAUGUAUUGAACUUCAAUUCAGGUGAAGUUUUUCAUCUUUUACCAUUUUUCUGGUUCUGGAAGAGCUCUUUUAAGUCAUCUGUAGUAUGUACAUUGAUAUUCUUUUCACAAUGUAAUUUUUAAAACUAUUAAGUUUGCAUCUUGGGAGAGUUGUUCU